CCGCGCUCCUCCGGCAACCUUCAGCUUCUUAACUUGGCUUCGAGCGGGAGGGGGAGGAGACUUGGAGCGGGAUUAAUGUAGCGUCAAAACAUCCGCAGGAGCAGCCCAGAAGGGGUCCCUCUGUCUGAUGCCACUCUCUCUGCAGGAGCCCACUUCGGCUCUGACUUCAGUGAUGUAACGAUCCGAACCCACAACUGUUGUUACUGCGGUCCUUCUGCCAACAACAUGGGAGCCGACAAACUCUAAAAAGUGACUCCUGAUGAAUUCGACCAAGAAAGAGGAGGAGAACAAGAUGGAGUCUGGAUCCUCGGAGCAGUCGGCCACUGUGGAUGAGUUGGUGGAAUCUUGUAUCACAGCUUUCGAUGGCAAAGGCACUUUGAAGGACGUCGCCUUGGUCCGCAUGUUCCUAAUGAUGCACCCCUGGUACAUUCCAUCCACAGAUUUGGCCAAGAAACUGGUGCUCAAAUCCCAAGAGGAGAGCUGCAGUGCUGAGCGCCGUACUAGAAUCUGUCACCUUGUCAAGUACUGGAUCUCUGAGUUUCCAGCUGAGUUCAACCUCAGCCCGGAGCUCGCAGACCAAAUCAAAGACUUUAAACACCUCUUGACCACUGAGGGCAACGAGAGCCAGAGUCAGCUCAUCGACCUCGACAGCGUGCCGUCUUAUAAAUGGAAGCGACAGGUGACACAGCGGGUCCCGUCUGUGUCCAAAAAGAGGAAAAUGUCCCUGCUCUUCGACCACCUGGACUCCUGCGAACUGGCUGAGCACCUGACUUACCUGGAGUAUAAGUCCUUCUGCAAAAUCCUGUUUCAGGACUACCACAGUUUUGUGAUGCACGGCUGCACAGUGGACAACCCCAUCCUGGAGCGCUUCAUCACACUCUUCAACAGUGUCUCCCAGUGGAUCCAACUCAUGGUACUGAGCAAGCCAACCGCCCCCCAGAGAGCCGCUGUCAUCUCCCACUUCAUCCGAGUGGCACAGAAACUGCUACAGCUGCAGAACUUCAACACCCUGAUGGCAGUGGUGGGCGGCCUCAGCAACAGCUCCAUCUCUCGACUCAAAGACACACAGACCCACAUCAGCGCUGAGACCAACAAGAUCUUCAACAGCCUUAUUGAGCUGGUGACAUCUUGUGGCAACUACAGCCAUUAUCGCAAACGCUUUGCAGAAUGCUCCGGCUUCCGCUUCCCAAUCCUUGGUGUCCACCUGAAGGACCUCAUCGCAGUGCACGUGGCAUUGCCGGACUGGACGGACAAGGAGAAGACCAGGGUCAACCUGACUAAGACCCAGCAGCUCUACGCCAUUCUGCAGGAGCUGGCGUUGAUUCAGAACAUGCCGCCCAGCGUGGACGCCAACACUGACCUGCUAAACUUGCUCACGGUUUCUCUGGAUCAAUACCACACCGAAGAGGAGAUUUAUCAAAUGUCAUUGCAGAGGGAACCUCGUAAACCAGCGCAGAACUCCAGCCCCGCUCCUGCCCCUGACCCCAAACCCUCCAUGAUUGAUGAGUGGUCUGUGUCUGUGAAGCCCAACGCAGACCCCACCAUUAUCAAGAAACACAUCGAGAAGAUGGUAGAGUCGGUCUUCAAGAACUUUGACACGGAUGGCGACGGCCACAUCUCCAGAGAUGAAUUCGAAGCCAUCAGGAACAACUUCCCUUACCUCAGCAAGUUUGGAGAACUGGAUAAGAACCAAGAUGGCCAAAUCAGCAGGGAGGAGAUGAUAGACUACUUCAUGAAAGCCAGCUCUCUGCUCAACUGCAAGAUGGGUUUCAUCCACACCUUCACAGAGGCCACCUACGUCAAGCCGACGUUCUGUGAGCACUGCGCUGGCUUCAUAUGGGGCUUCUACAAACAAGGCUAUAAGUGUAAAGCCUGCGGGGUCAACUGCCACAAGGCCUGCCGUAGCCGUCUGGCUGUGGAGUGCAGGAAAAGGACCAAAAGUAUCGGCCAUGAUACGCCACCCGCUCUGCAGGCUAGAUCCUACAGCUUCCCCCCGCCUGCCAACACUCCGCCCAGCCUGCAGAACACAGUUAUAGAGGAAGAGGACAUAGAGGCCGUGGAGGAAGGAGUGUUUGAUGUCCAUCUAUAACCAGAUUCCCUCCUACGUUUGACGGGCCACACUCCAACGCUCCUCCACUGUCUGCAGCCAGAAAACAGAAUGUUCUGCAGCUCGUCACAAACAACCUCAGCCAGAACGCCUGCCGGCUGACCCCUAGUGGACAUGCACUGAAACUACAAUGUCUACACGACCUGAAUGCUUUUUUUUUGUCUGGUGCGUGUUAGUGUUCGUGUGGAAUCUUGUGAGAAACAAAAACAAGAAUAACCAUCUAUUUUGUGUCAAAUACAAGUAGGUGCUGUCCUUGCCAAGAACUAGGUUGACACUUUUUUUAGUAGGAUUCACUCGUUGACUCAAUAACAGGACCAAGUUUGAUGCCAUGUUUAAUACACAGAUUAUUUGGUGAGCAUGAAGACUGUUUCUAUCCAACUGGAGAAAAUUAUUUUUGUCAUGUGUACCUGAACUCCAGUGACUGUUCUGUAGAUAUUAUUGCAUCUUUAGAAAUGUCUCUGAAUGUAGCAGCUGCCAGCAGACCAAGAACUCACUGACACUCUGGAAGUCAGUAUUUUUAUUUUGCGUUGUUUUCAAAUGAUUUUUUUUUUUUGCAAACAUUAUUUCGAAUGGAAUAGAGGUGUAGAUUUUAGUAUGAACGUAUAACCACACACAUACAAACUGUAAUUUCUAUCCUUGUGGAAACAUUGCGUGGUCUCUCAUUGCCAUGAUACUUUCCCCAGCCUCUCACUCUAAGCCUAACCAUCCAAUGAUUCAUGCUCAAAUUGAGGCUGGGAUUCAUAGGGUCUGGCCAAAUGGUCCCCACAUUGGCAUAAGGUUCUCACAAGGGAAGUGUUUUGUCAAUAAUUGAUCCCCAUAAGUGAGGCUGAACCAGAUGCACAUACAUGCCUGUAGAGACGCAAAAGAGGGUUAAAAAAAACAAACUGGGGUAAAGUACAAAGCCAAAACACAUAGCAUAGUAUUAACACUCUAUGUAUAUCGAGUAUCUUGACUAGUUGUCCAUGAUCCACUGACUGUCUCACCUGGGAUCACAAGUCACAAUGUAGAUUCUUAGAAUCAGUUAAAAAAAUAAUAAUAACAAAACUCAAGAAUGUGUCAGUGAUCAAUGAAAAUCAAAGUUUUUUGUGUAUUUUUAAGUUUUCAAAUAUAGCAUGAUGAAUUUCAGUCAUAAUAGUUAUUAUAGUUUAUUUUUAUUGUUGCAUCAUGGCUCGAAGGCUACUGUGUUUUGCUUCCAGAUGUCUGAGGAUGGUAAAUGUUGUCAUUCAGUGAGGUGCUUCUGUGGUCUGAGUUACUGUCCAGCAUUAAAGUAUAUCUGGCGUCACACUGAUGUG